CUCUUUUUUCAUCUUGCAGUCGGAAGGUUAACUUCGUCUUACGAAAAAAUGCCAACAAAAACAGCCGUUCCAGUUACCAAGCCACAGGGAAAGAAACCCCAAAUUAGAGGAAAAGGCCUAAAGAAAAAGAAGGUUGCUUUGAAAUUUGUGAUCGAUUGUACUCAUCCUAGUGAAGACAAUCUUCUAGAUGUCGCAAACUUUGAAAAUUAUUUGAAAGAAAGGAUUAAGAUCAAUGGAAAAACAGGAAACUUUGCUGCCGGAAAAAGUGGUCAACAUUCUGUUACUGUAAGCAGAGACAAAAAUGUUAAAAUUGCUCUUUCCUCUGAAAUACCAUUUUCAAAAAGGUACCUUAAAUACCUUACUAAAAAGUAUUUAAAGAAGAACAAUCUUCGUGAUUGGCUUAGAGUAGUUGCUUCUGGAAAGGACUCUUAUGAACUCAGAUACUUCCAGAUUGACAGUCAAGAAGAUGAUGAUGAAGAAGAUAAUGAAUAAUUUAUUCAGAUAUUUUUUUUAUUAAAUAGAUUAU